CGUUGUCGAGAAACACAUGCAUUGCUUCUGAAAAUGAGGAAGAAAGAAUUAUAAGAGAAGAAACGAUAGAUGUCAAUGAAGAAUGCAAUGUAACUAUUGAUGAAGAUGAAAGAAAUAGAAUAUUAAGAAAAGAUUUGAUGGAAGUUGGUGAGAAAACUAAUGAAAAUAUGGAAACUGCUAAAGAAAAUAAAGUAAAUAAUACUGUAGUACCGGAAACAAACAAAAAUGCAGAGAAGUCAACGUCAAAAAUCCGAAAGAUUGCGCGAAUGAAGCUAAAACGUUUGACAAAAGGCAAGUACGCAAACCAGAAAGGAAAGAAGCCAAGCAAAAAGGCAAGGAUUGAACUGGCGAAAAAAAAAAUUAAUUGUGAAAAAAAAAAGUUGUGAUUGUUUGUUAUAAAUGAAAAGUUAUA